UGCCGUUGUGUUCACACAAAACUACUACAAAAAUCCAUACUGUACAUUUCUUAGUAUUCCUUUAGUUGUAUAUCUCUUUAAUGAAACCAUAAGGAUAUCCAUGAUGAAUUUCAUCCAGACCGGCCUUCUGAUAUCAUGCCUGGUUAUUUCGGCUCCAGCAAUGUACUUUGAGCUGUCACAGCAGAAGGAAAGGUGUAUAAUUGAAGAGAUUCCUGAGGACACCCUUGUCACAGGUUAUAUCUUAUUAGAACACUGGGAUAAAAAGCAAGGCCAUUCUCCACACCUUGGAUUGACCAUCACAGUUAAAGACCCUAACCUUGAGGUAUUGUUGAUGAAACGUUUUGGCAAAUUUGGAAAAUUUACCUUCACAUCCCAUUUCUCUGGUCAGCAUUUCAUCUGUGUGAAAUCAAACACAACAAGAUUUUCUGUCUUUGCAAACGAACGUUUGAAAGUACAUCUAGAUGUGCAGAUGGUCGAACACACCAUCGACCCCAGUGCUGUCAAGACCAAAGACACCAUUGAAUCAGUGGAGUUCAAAAUCCAGCACCUGAUAGGCCAAAUGCACUACAUAAGAAAGCAGCAAGACUUCGAGAGGGAACGUGAGGAAACAUUUCGCCAAAUGAGUGAAGAAACAAAUGGAAAUGUUUUGUGGUGGGCAAUAAUUCAGACCUCAAUACUACUCACUGUGGGAUUCUGGCAAAUGAGAAGCUUGAAGAACUUUUUCAUCAAAAAGAAAUUGGUCUAGCUGUAUUGUAGCUAAAUUUGAAUCUACCUAAGCUGAGAGCUAACAUAAUCAGCAAAGUUUAGAUUUGUCAUAUAAAGUUAGUUAGCUAAAUAACUGUUUCUUUACUAUUUGACUAACUAGUAUUUGCCUUAUUACACUAAGUGAUGUUCUCCACUAUGUCUUUGACUGUCUCCCUGAUUAACAUAAUAA